AACUCAACAAAGCUGCUGCUAAGCUACUGGUGUUAAUAGUCGUAGAAAAAUGGGUCGGGUACGCACCAAAACCGUGAAAAAGGCCUCGCGAGUGAUCAUCGAGAAGUACUACACGCGUUUGACGCUCGACUUCCACACCAACAAACGCAUUUGCCAAGAAGUGGCCAUUAUACCCACCAAAAGACUGCGCAAUCAAAUCGCCGGCUUCGUCACGCACCUGAUGAAGAGGCUGCGCCACUCCCAGGUGCGCAACAUCUCCAUCAAGCUUCAGGAGGAGGAGCGGGAACGCAGGGACAACUUCGUGCCCGACAUUUCGGCAUUGGAACAGGACAUCAUCGAAGCUGACGUCGACACCAAGGAGAUGCUGAAGAUGAUGAAGUUCGACAACAUUCCCAACCUUCAGCCCACUUACUGACAGGUGAAUAAAUGACCACUGAGGUUAUUAA